AUGCAUUACUUUGUUAAUGAUCAUAUUGUUAACAACCACUUUGUUAACGGCCACUUUGUUAAUGCCCACUUUGUUAACGGCCACUUUGUUAACGGCCACUUUGUUAAUGCCCACUUUGUUAACGGCCACUUUGUUAAUGCCCACUUUGUUAAUGCCCACUUUGUUAAUGCCCACUUUGUUAACGGCCACUUUGUUAAUGCCCACUUUGUUAAUGCCCACUUUGUUAAUGCCCACUUUGUUAAUGCCCACUUUGUUAAUGCCCACUUUGUUAAUGCCCACUUUGUUAACGGCCACUUUGUUAAUGCCCACUUUGUUAACGGCCACUUUGUUAACGGCCACUUUGUUAACGGCCACUUUGUUAAUGCCCACUUUGUUAACGGCCACUUUGUUAACGGCCACUUUGUUAAUGCCCACUUUGUUAAUGCCCACUUUGUUAACGGCCACUUUGUUAACGGCCACUUUGUUAACGGCCACUUUGUUAACGGCCACUCAAAGCACUUAAAGGAAAAAAAUACCUGA